AUGUUGCCCUUGCCUACUAAUAUCACUGCUUUUAAGAGACGCUUUGUUAAUGAGCAUGAUUUGGAAGAACUAGAGCAUUUAAUUGAGCAACAAGAAGCUGAGAUUUCUAGUGGAAUUCAACCUACUAGUAUUGCUGCAAUUUCUGAAGAGGUGCCUAAGAAAGCUCGUAGGGGUCAACCAUCAAAAAGGAUUAUGCUGGUUGAAAAUUCAACAGCUGUGUUGUGGGGAGAAAAUAAAGCAAAAUAUAAUAUAGACAAAAGAAUUCGUGAGAACUUGUGUAGGUUGUUUAUUUCAAAAGAAAAUGUGUGCUUAAGUAAUCUUUAUCACGAUGAGUCAUCUUCCAGGAGUAUUGUUUUUCUGAAAAGAUCCGGAAAGACCAAUUGA